AUGCCUCCGCUCUUUGGGAACCUGGUUUCCCCAAGCCAGUUUGCACAGGGGCUUGACCACGCGACGGGCGUCUUUUUCAUCUUCAGCAACCUGUGCAUUCGAAUGGAAGGCUCGUUCCGGCUGCAAUUUACCCUGGUAGAUCUACAGCUACCAAAGGUGCUGGCUUCGGCCAUGUCGGACAUCUUUGUCUCGCACAGUUGGAGAACGUUUCCUGGCAUGACAAAGAUUACCCCCCUGACUCAGCAUUUUGUCGACCAGGGAGUGGUCAAGAUCGUUCGCAAGGCGCAAAUCCGGAAAGAGGAGGCAAUGAAACAGGAGCCGUACGAUGAGAUAGGCUCAUACGAAGGAGGAGCCCCCUACAGCUUCCACACUUAUGAAGAGGAUGACAAGAAGAUGUGA